GGGCGCUCAGCUCGGCUCCAGAAAGUGAAAGUUGGACUCGGGUCUCCUGCAGCCCCCAGCCCCACAGAGCCGAGCCGAGCCGAGCCGAGCGUCGCCACUGGAUUACCCCUCUCCUCUGCUUUCCGAGAGGCCGCGUGGAGCCGGCCCCCUGCGCCCCGCUUCGGCCACUUAGGAGGGUGCUCUGCACGGCUCAGCAAGGCUCCGCUCGCUCCGACUCCGGCCCCGGGGACAGCAGCCCUGAUGACCCCACGGGGCGCAAGCGGGAGCUGCCCACUCACGACAUGGCUGGGCUUUUGGCUUCUGCUGGCUUAUCUCCUGGUGGUCUGGAGCUUUCCCUCUCAUGGGCCAGAAACUUGUAACCGUCUUAUUGGAGAAGGUCACCUAAGGAUGCUGCAGGAGCUGAUUGACAGCCAGAUGGAAACGUCCUGCCACAUUACCUUUAAGUUUGCAGACCAGGACCAGCUGAAAGAUUCCAUCUGCUACCUGAAGAAGGCAUUUCCCCUGGUCCAGGACAUUUUUGAGGAAAUCAUUCGCUUCAAGGACAAUUCUCCCAAUUACAACACCUCCAGGAAGCUACAUGAGCUCUACCUGAGGCUGAGGGAUGAUGGGUGUGUCACCAGGGAGCAUGAGAAGAGAGAUGAGGCCUGUGUUAGGACUUUCAAUAACACCCCUGUCCAGAUAUUGGAGAAGGUCCAAAAUAUCUUUGUAGAAACCAGAAGACUCCUUAAUGAUGAUUGGCGUGUCUUCAACCGUGAUUGCACCAGUAGCUUUGACAAAUGUGUAAUCUCAGAUGUGGUGACCAAGCCUGAUUGCAACUGCCUGUCCCCCAGAGCCACCCCUAGCAGUAAGCUGGCCUCUGUCCCCAUCCAUAGCUCCCUCUCUCCCUCCACAGCCCCGGUGGCCAAGUUGGCCUGGGGAGACUCUGAGGGGACAGAGGGCAAACCCCUCCUGCCCAGUGACCUGCCACCUCAAACAACAGCCCAGGGCAGUGCCAGGCACCGAGUCCCCCGGAGCACCUGUGGAAGCGUGGAGUCAAUGGAGGCUGCGGGCAUGCUCUCUGCUUCCCAGUCCCCGGUGGGAUCUGAGAUGGAGCCCGGGAGCAGCAAGUCUCCCCCUGACUUAUCCGAUUCCCCUAGGAUAAAGGGCCUUCUCAACUCUGACCUCGACACUGACUCAGCUCUAGGGGAUGCCUCAGGUGAUGUCAGCCCUGGGUCUCAAGAAACAGAGGCUCCCCUUUUCCUGUUGGGAGGGGGACCUACCCAGACAGGGACCGCAGAUCCAGAUGAGCUCCUCGCCACUCCCUCGACGCCUGUUCUCGCACAGGGACUGCUGGCCCAAGUGAGGAAUGACCACCUGCAGGAUGAGGGCAGUAACCCAUUGGCUGGCCAGGCCAGAGACUAUUCAUCAGAGGAGAUGGAUGGAGGUAUCCAGGGCCUGAGCUCGCCCACUACCCAGCUGCUGCACUCUGAGGAAACCCAGGGCAUCUCCAGCCUCCCCGCUCAGCCUGGUUUCCCCAGAAGUCAGUCCUGGGGCAUUCCCCGACCCCAAGAGGAGCUGGUGGGCAAGAGAAGCACUAGGGUCCGGAGGAGCCCCGUCAAGCUGGAAGGAGGAAGAGGAGGCCAAGGUUUGGAGAGAGGCAAGGGCCCAGGCGGGGCCCACAAGGGCUUUAACUCGCUUCCUUUGACUGACACAGGCCCCGAGAGGCAGAAUGUGGGAAGCCCUGAACUUCAGCCCCAGGGUUCUUUCUUCUAUGUACUGGUAUCCAGCAUCCUCCUGGUCCUCCUAGCAGUGGGCGGCCUCUUGUUCUACAAGCAGAAGCAGCGGAACCGCCAGGAGUUACAACCAGCAGAAAUACCUAUGGAGCAGCCAGAGAUCAGAAGCCCCCUAAACCAGGAAGAGGACAGACAGGUGGAGCUGCCAGUGCAGAGGUCGUAAUGAGCUGGGCCCACAGGACAGUCCCUCCAUGGGAGGAGAAGCUGUGGGGGCUUCCAGACACCCCCCCCAAGCCCGUUCUCCCAGGAUCUCAACCCGCCCACCACGGAGUCCCCCGGCCUGGACUGCACAGGACAGGAGCAGGCGAGGGGGGGAAGCCCUCUACCACUCGUUCUCUGUCCUCUUACUCUUUAUUGACUAAGAGAGGAAGGAAGGAUGCACAAAAAGCUCCAGAUAUUUAUGAUGAUGAUGAUGAUUUUGGCCCUGGAGGCCAGCAUCCAUGCUUCAGGGAGUGCCAGCAAAGGCAUGCUCAGAGCCUUCUGCCCUCAGAGACUGACCCACAGGCAGCCUGGGGAGGAAGGGGGACCUUCAGCCCCUCCCAUCCCACAGUCCCCUCCAGAAUCUGAGCCUGGACCAAGGGAGAAGAGGGCUGUUGGGUAGGAAACAGCCUUUAGGUAGGUGUUUUUUGGGGGGAGCCUGGCCUAGAGUUCCUCAUUGCUGCCAGGACAAGAGCUUUUCAGGGAAAUGUGCUCCCGUCUUAUUUAUGAAGCACCAAGAAAUCCAGGCUUCCCAGCAAGCCAGAACACGUCCCAAGAGGAAGGAAUGCCUCAAGGUUACCAGGGCAAUGCAGCUUAGACUUCAUUUCCCAAAAAGGGUGCAGCCAUCAAGUUGGGAGGAGGAGAUGCCUACACCCUGCCAUGGGUCUACACAGACAGCUGGGGAGGUGUCUACACCCUUUCUCUGAACCAGUGCUCUCAGCUCCCUUUGAGUGACAACUCUGGGGCCUUACCUCAGGGUAGCUCCAUGUUGCAUUGAGUCAGGGCUCUUCUGGGACUCAGCUUUUGAGAGGCCCUAUUCCCCAAAUCUGGACACCAAACAAGAUCUGUGUAGGAAAAAAAAAAGCCAGCAAUCACCGAGUCCCAACCUACCCCCCACCAUGCCCGGGACUCUGCUCCUAUCUUCCCUCACAAUUGUUAGCUGGGUCCUAGAGCUGCCCCAGAAGAGUUGGGGAGGAGGAACCACCCUCUGAUGAAGGAAGCCUUUGCACUGUGAAUAUUGAAUCUUCUUGCUGUACUGGCCUGACCUCUUCCCAUAGGCAGCGUCCUGUCAGUCCCUUUUCCCUACCGUUUCCUUGCCUCCUACGCACAUGAAGCUCCUGAGCUGGUCUCACGAUGAUGAAGGGAUUCCCCCACCCUUCCCUCCACUACCAUGUUUUGGUGUCCAAACGUGAUUAGUACCAUGGGCUGGCUCUCAUGGACUGUGGCUCCCUGGAGAGAGGGUAGAUGAUACCUAUCGGUCUACCUGCUUCAAGCUGAGUCUUGCUGCUGGAAGGCCUUGGCUUCUGUCUCACACUUUGACAUUCCCAAAAGAAGGAGGAUAGAACUUUUAUUUUAAUGACUGGAGUGGAGGGAACCAUGAUGGAACCUGUAUCUUUGAACCUGUGUGUAUGUCUAUGGAGGUGGGGGUUGAAGCUGUGUCUUUGCUCAGUCACUUUUCCCUGAACAGGUCUCCAAUUUGACCAACCUCCUUGUUCUCUCAACCCUUUAAGGAGAACAGAAGAGCAGGCCUUCUGACUGGUUAGAUUCCCUCUUGCUGCUGAUCUCAACGUGAUGAGUUUCUCAGUCUUAUUUUCACCUCAAACCUUUCCUCCCGGACUCAGGAGAAGUCUUCAUUUUCCCUCUUUCCUGUACCCCCUUAUUAACUUUCUUCCUAGCCCCUUUUGUUUCCUCCCUACAAUCUCUGCUUUCUCUACCUUCUUUGCUUUCAUGCUCAUCUUCAUUCAGACUCCUUUCAAGUUGGGUCCUGCUCUUCUGGCUUACCUGACCUUCCCUUCCCAAGUACAGUCCAGCUCCUCAUGCCCCCGAGUCAGGGAAGAGAGCUUAGCUUAGCACCCUCUUGGAACUUGUUCCAAAACUCCACCACUGGUUUAGUGGGUUGGAACCUCAGUUUCUUCAUCUGUAAAAGAAGAGGAGUAACCUCUGCCCUUCACCACUAUGUGGGAGGGGGUGUGAAGUCAUUAAAUAUUGGAGAAGUGAUAAGGGUGGG